AUGAUCCAGAGAUACUUCCGUUGCUUGUCUGGGGACCAAUCUGAUCAGAUCAGUGGGAGCAGGAGUAAUAGGCAGAAGAAGGGAGGGUGGGAAAUAUACAGUUGGAAGGAGCUGAUGAAAGCCACAAACAACUUCAAUGAGGACAACAAGAUCGGGGAGGGCGCUUUUGGUGAUGUUUAUUGGGGUCAUACUUCUAAAGGCGUCGAGAUAGCGGUGAAGAGGGUGAAGCAUGCGAUGAGCAAAAGAGCAGAGAUGGGGUUUGCAGCGGAAGUGGAGGUACUGGGGAGGGUGAGGCACAAGAACCUGCUGGGGCUGAGGGGAUUCUACGCCGGUGGGGAUGAGAAGCUGAUCGUAUAUGAUUACAUGCCUAAUCACACCUUAACCGCUCACCUCCAUGGCCAACUCUCCAACCAUUUCAUCUUAGAUUGGCCCCGUCGAAUGACCAUUGCCGUCGGAUCUGCGGAGGCACUCGCGUAUCUGCACCGCGAGGCAAACCCUCACAUAAUACACCGAGACAUAAAGGCGAGCAAUGUCCUUUUGGAUUCGGAGUUCGAAGCAAAAAUUGCUGAUUUCGGUUUCGCCAAGCUCAUCCCGGACGGUGCGACCCAAUUGACCACCCGGGUCAAGGGAACUCUCGGGUACUUGGCUCCGGAAUACGCCAUGUGGGGCAAGGUUUCCGAGAGCUGCGACGUUUACAGCUUCGGCAUUUUACUUCUAGAAAUCAUUAGCGCAAAACGACCCAUAGGCAAGCUCCCGAGCGGCGCAAAGAUCCAUAUUUUGAAAUGGGCUGCCCCGUUUGUUCGAAAGGGUGCCUUUGACCGAAUAGUUGACCCGAGGUUGCAGGGUCGGUUCGAUCGCGCGCAGAUGAAAUCGGCGGUGCUGACGGCGAUGAGAUGCACCGAUGACGAUCCGCAGAAACGGCCGAGCAUGGCGGAGGUGGUGGAGUGGCUCAAGGGCGGCUUGCAGAGAUGA